GCCCACAGGUUCCUCCCCUGGGCGCCCACAGGUCAGUGACACGCUCCCGGCCUUUGCGAAAGGAUUAAGACCACGUCGCCUUCAAUCCUUCUCCGUCCUCCCCGAACGCCCGUCUCGUCCGUUCCCCCCCAUCUGAUCUCCACCCACACCCACCCCGUGUGCUCCGACCGCUCCUCGAUUUGAUCACCGAUUGGGGGCCAAUUAGGGUUUACCAGUGAGCGAGCGAGCGAGAGGAAAGGGGAUUCGCUCUGGUCGGGAGAAGAUGGCGCAGGCGGUGGAGGAGUGGUACCGGCAGAUGCCCAUCAUCACGCGCUCCUAUCUCACCGCCGCCGUCGUCACCACCGUCGGCUGCACCCUCGACAUCAUUUCGCCGUACCACCUGUACCUCAACCCGAAGCUCGUCGUGCAGCACUACGAGAUCUGGCGCCUCGUCACCAACUUCCUCUACUUCCGCAAGAUGGAUUUGGAUUUUCUGUUCCACAUGUUUUUUCUUGCUCGAUACUGCAAACUUCUGGAGGAGAACUCAUUUAGAGGAAGAACUGCCGACUUUUUCUACAUGCUCUUGUUUGGUGCUACUGUCCUAACUGGCAUUGUUCUGAUCGGAGGGAUGAUACCUUACAUUUCUGAGACAUUUGCCAGAAUUCUGUUCUUGAGCAAUUCAUUAACGUUUAUGAUGGUUUAUGUCUGGAGCAAGCACAACCCUUUCAUCCAUAUGAGCUUUCUGGGUCUGUUCACCUUUACGGCUGCUUACUUACCAUGGGUCCUUUUGGGCUUCUCUAUCCUCGUUGGGAGCAGCACAUGGGUGGAUCUCUUGGGUAUGAUUGCUGGACAUGUGUACUACUUCCUGGAAGAUGUAUACCCACGGAUGACUGGCCGGCGCCCCCUGAAGACACCGUCCUUCAUCAAGGCGCUAUUUGCUGAUGACAAUGUUGUGGUGGCACAGCCACCCAAUGCUGGGAUUGGUGCCGGUGCAAGGUUUGGUGCUGUGGGUCUAGAUCCCCAGGCCCAAUGAUGAAUUACUUCCAGUGACCUGAGGCAGUGACUGAUCUGAGAUGCGGCAGUUUGUUUUCUCUGCGCAAAUUGCGGAACUGUACAAGCCAUUGUUCUUGUGUAUUUAUACAGGCUAGAUGAGAGUUAUUGUGCAUAACCAAAAGAUUAGUAGUAACCGAGGCGGCUAAGUUUCUUACCUGUUGCCAGGGUCCGAAGGAAAUGGUUUAUGAUCGGCAAACAGGCCAACCCCGGCCCUGUUGUGGAAACUUGUUGCGACGGUUUAACAUCUGACCUGUUGUUACUAUUUCAUGCAUCAGUGAGUUUAGUCUAGGAAACUCUUUCAACCAGGGUUAAGUCUGAUGCUUUGGCAGCGAGAAUUUGUAUGGAGCGUUGUAAUUGCAGAAUGGUGCAAGGAAUGGCUCUAACAUUGUGGAUGCUUGGAACUUGGAUGGUGUUUCAUUUCCCCUACGAUUCAGUUGUUUCAUCAAUCUGGAUGAUCUGUUCUCCUGAAAA